CCGUCGUCUUCCCCUGCUAACAUCAAAACAGGUGAAGGAACAUAUGCAACAGUCUUCAAGGGCAGAUCAAGGACUACUAAUGAGAUUGUGGCCCUGAAGGAGAUCCAUCUCGACGCCGAGGAAGGAACGCCAUCCACUGCGAUUCGCGAAAUCUCCCUCAUGAAGGAACUCAAGCACGUUAACAUUGUUCGCCUCCACGACGUCAUACAUACAGAAACUAAACUAGUCCUCAUUUUCGAAUAUUGCGAGCAAGAUUUGAAGAAAUACAUGGAUCAAAAAGGCGAUCGCGGAGCACUAGAUCCCGCCACAGUAAAGAGCUUCAUGUUUCAACUUUUAAAAGGAACUGCUUUCUGCCACGAAAAUCAAGUUUUGCAUCGAGACCUAAAACCACAGAACCUUUUGAUCAACAGUAAGGGAGAGCUAAAGUUGGGCGACUUUGGGCUGGCGAGAGCGUUUGGCGUACCAGUCAAUACGUUUUCCAACGAGGUGGUCACCUUGUGGUAUCGCGCUCCUGAUGUCUUGCUCGGUUCGCGAACAUAUAGCACAUCGAUCGACGUGUGGUCCUGUGGAUGCAUUUUUGCGGAGAUGAUUUCCGGAGUUCCACUAUUUCGAGGACGUGAUAAUCAAGACCAGUUGUUACACAUCAUGAGAAUAAUUGGGACUCCGUCACCAGCACAGUUACAGAAGAUGGCCAAGGAAACUCCAGAUAUUCAGACGAAGACAUUUCCCCAAUACGCCAAGAUGCCUUUUAGCCAAGUGUUGUCCAAGGCGACGCCGCAGGCCAUUGACCUACUAGAACGACUGCUCAAGUUCGAUCCCGCCGAGCGGAUCUCGGCUGCCGAUGCUCUUUCUCAUCCUUACUUUACCACCGCCCCAACGACAGCUCCUUUUGGUUUGAAUUCGUCCCCUGGCUCAAUGCCGCCUCCAGUUUUCAACUUCCCUCAUCCCCAUGGCCAACAGCAGCAGCAACAAAUGCCCCACCCAUCACAGUACUCUCGACCACCCAUGCCAGUGUACAACCAUCCUCAAGCAGCGGCUCAGACCCAAGUCCACGCUCAAGUGCCUCAGCCUGACCCACUCGCACAAUCCCGUGCUCAUGCCCAAGCCAUGGCUCAACAACAGGCACAUUACGGCGGGGUACAGUAUGCAUCCUACGGGCAUGGCGCACGGUAG